UCUUCACUUUCACAAAGGCAUCUCCUCCCCAGGUCAGCUAUUUCUUCGUUUUCAUUUCAAAUGAUUUGAGAUUCAUUUAGCUUUUUGUUCUUUUGAGUACGAAUAAUCUAGACUAUUGAGGGUGAAACUUUGGUUUAUAAGGUGGUUCGGUUCCCCUCGUCUUUUCUGCGCUUUUUUAAACAUCCAAGAAACAUGGCAUUAUAUUCCUUCUCUUCUGCUCGCUUUUGCUCUUCCAAAUUCCCAAUCUGUUUCCAUCUACCAAAACCCUCAAAAUUUCCAUUCUUUUCCAACAGAUCCAUCUCUUUCCAAAAGGUCCCUACUAAAUCCCCUCCUCCGCUUCAAUCUAGCUCCACCCAGCUCCAACCCAUGGAAGAAUUCCCUCCUAAGCUCCAAGAAAUCAUCAAGCUUUUCCAAUCAGUCGAAGAACCCAAGGCCAAGUACGAGCAGCUGAUGUUUUAUGGCAAAAACUUGAAUCCCCUCGAUACCCAGUUCAAAACUAAGGAGAACAAAGUCGAGGGAUGUGUUUCUCAGGUCUGGGUCAGGGCUUAUCUUGACGAAGACAAGAAUGUUUUCUAUCAAGCUGAUUCUGAUUCUGUUUUAACCAAAGGGCUCGCUGCUUUGCUUGUUAAUGGAUUGUCCGGAAGGCCUGCCAAGGAAGUUUUGAGGGUUUCUCCUGAUUUUGCAGUGCUUCUCGGGCUGCAACAGAGCUUAACACCUUCAAGGAAUAAUGGGUUUUUGAACAUGUUGAAGUUGAUGCAAAGGAAGGCGCUCGAGUUGCUUAUUGAAGCUGAGAAGGGUGGUGGAUCUUCGGGUAAUGGUCAGAUUGUGAAUGAUGACAGUGAAAAACCUGUUGAGAACACAAAUUCGGAUUCGAAAGUCGAUGAGAACUCACGUGUUGGAUUUGAUUCUGGAAAAAGUAACGAAGAUAGUUGGAGUGGUUUGGGAGGUAGAGGAACGAGAAUCAAGGAGAAGCUGGAGAGGGAACUUAGUCCAAUUGAAUUGGAAGUGGAGGAUGUUUCUUAUCAGCACGCUGGACAUGCUGGUGUGAGGGGAAGUGAUGGGGAAACACAUUUUAAUGUCAGGAUUGUGUCCAAGGAAUUUGAAGGCAAGAGUUUGGUGAAAAGGCAUAGGUUAAUUUAUGGCUUGUUAGAUGAGGAGUUGCAGACUGGACUGCACGCCUUGUCUAUAGUGGCAAAGACACCAUCUGAAGUUGAAGCAAAUUGAAGAGAUGUUCCAUGACUAGAGAAAAAGUUAGGUUCUUUUUUAAUACAUUUUGAUAUGCUUCUCUUUGGAAGUUUUCCAAAGGUGCUUGAUUGAGAAAUGGGAUUA